AUGGAUCCAUUAUCAGUACUCAAAGAUUUCACAACACGAGGAGAUCUCGACAAAAUCGAACGGGUCGGAUCCAAUUACCGAUUCGGGUCGGAGUAUUCGUUUCCCUGCGCGACGGAGACAGCUUACAGAUCGAAAAGCGGAAGUCUCUACACUCUAGAGGCUUUGGUUCACUAUGUGAAGAAUCAGCAUCUGAAACACGGCGAGUAUAUGCAAUCCACCGUCAAAAACUCCGUCCCGGCGGUAACUUUACCAGAUCGGAAACCUCUCCUCGAUUACCUCACCGGAAAAGUAGCAUCUUCCGAUUCGAUUGAUUAUCUCCUCCUCCAGCAGCAAAACGCACAAAGCCAGAAGCAGAACGAAGAGUAUCGACCAGAUCAAGACAACUCCGCUUUUGUUUCUCGAGAAAACGCAAUCGAAGACAUGGAGGUCGAUGAUCGCGACGAUGUUGAUUACAUUAUGCUGAUUCGUUCCAACGAACGACCAUUGAAGAGCCGAGACGCGAUUCUUCAGUGCAAGAACAGAGAUUUCUACAGUGUUCUUGUGAAUUCGACUAAAAGAGAAGAGGAGAGGCAGAGGAUUGAGUCUCAUCAGAGGAAAGAUGGGUUAGUUGCAAAGAGUAGGUUAAUGGGUGCAGAGGAAAGAGGCAUUGUAGGGUUUAGUAGUGGAGGUGGUGGAGACGAUUCAGGGUACGAUGCAAACGCUAAAUCUAAGCUUCAUUUCAAGGCAGGGAAGAUAGGAGAAGGCGUACCGAUAAUUCUUGUGCCGAGUGCGUUUCAGACAUUGAUUACUAUAUACAAUGUUAAAGAGUUUUUGGAAGAUGGUGUUUAUAUACCUAAUGAUGUUAAGGCUAAGGAGAUGAAAGGGUUAAAGCCGGAUUGUAUUACGGUUCAGAAGAAGUUUAGUAGAGAUAGAGAGAGAGUAGUGACUGCUUAUGAAGUUAGGGAUAAGCCUUCUGCUUUGAAGCCUGAUGAUUGGGACCGUGUUGUUGCGGUUUUCGUGUUGGGAAAGGAUUGGCAGUUCAAGGAUUGGCCUUUUAAGGACCAUGUUGAGAUAUUCAAUAAGAUUAUUGGGUUCUUCUUGCGGUUUGAAGAUGAUAGUAUCGAAUCAGCCAAGACGGUGAAGCAAUGGAAUGUAAAGAUUAUCUCGAUUAGCAAGAACAAGCGGCAUCAAGAUCGUGCUGCUGCAUUAGAAGUCUGGGAAAAACUCGAGGAGUUUGUGCGAUCUCGGUCGCAUUCUUAG